CUGAUCCCGAGCCUUGGGGGGGGGCACGGCGGCCGCCAUGCUGAGCCGCAGCUCGUUCACCAGCCUGGUGGUGGGGGUGUUCGCCGUGUACGUGGUGCACACGUGCUGGGUCAUGUACGGCAUCGUCUACACGCGGCCCUGCCCGGCGGCGGCGGCGGGGGGAGGCGCGGCAGGCUGCGUGUGGCCCUACCUGGCGCGGAGGCCUAAGUUGCAGCUAAGCCUGUACACUACCACACGGUCAAAUAUUGGUGCUGAGAGUAAUAUAGAUCUGGUUUUGAACGUGGAGGAUUUUGAUAUUGAGUCCAAAUUUGAAAGGACAGUGAAUGUCUCUGUACCAAAGAAGACCCGAAAUAAUGGCACAUUAUAUGCAUAUAUAUUUCUUCAUCAUGCUGGCGUUUUGCCUUGGCAUGAUGGUAAGCAGGUGCAUAUAGUAAGCCCUCUGACCACAUACAUGGUCCCUAAACCAGAAGAGAUUAAUUUGCUCACUGGAGAGUCAGCCACACAGCAAAUUGAAGCAGAAAAACAGACCAACACUCUAGAUGAACCUGUCUCUCACUGGAGGUCAAGAUUAACCUUAAACAUCAUGGCAGAAGAUUUUGUGUUUGAUGGAUCAUCCCUCCCUGCUGAUGUGCACCGUUACAUGAAGAUGGUUCAGUUGGGGAAGACAGUGCAUUACCUUCCAAUAUUAUUUAUUGAUCAGCUAAGCAACAGAGUGAAAGAUUUGAUGGUUAUAAAUCGUUCAACAACAGAGCUACCUCUUACAGUGUCAUAUGAUAAAAUAUCUCUUGGAAAACUCCGAUUUUGGAUCCACAUGCAGGAUGCUGUGUACUCCCUCCAACAAUUUGGGUUUUCAGAAAAGGAUGCAGAUGAAGUAAAAGGAAUUUUUGUUGAUACUAACCUGUACUUUCUGGCUUUGACAUUCUUCGUAGCAGCAUUCCAUCUUCUCUUUGAUUUCCUUGCAUUCAAAAAUGAUAUCAGUUUUUGGAAGAAAAAGAGGAGCAUGAUUGGGAUGUCAACAAAAGCAGUGCUUUGGCGGUGCUUUAGUACCGUGGUAAUAUUUCUCUUCCUUUUGGAUGAACAAACAAGUUUAUUGGUGCUGAUCCCAGCAGGCAUUGGUGCAGUGAUUGAGCUCUGGAAAGUGAAGAAGGCUUUGAAAAUGACAGUCAAGUGGCAAGGCUUGAGGCCCAGAAUUCAGUUUGGCACAUACAAUGACUCUGAAAAAAAAACCGAGGAGUAUGAUACCCAGGCUAUGAAAUACUUGUCAUAUUUGCUCUAUCCACUGUGUAUUGGAGGUGCAGGUUACUCCUUGAUGAAUGUCAAAUACAAAAGCUGGUACUCCUGGUUGAUUAACAGUUUUGUCAAUGGAGUGUAUGCUUUUGGAUUCCUAUUUAUGCUGCCCCAGCUGUUUGUAAACUACAAGAUGAAAUCCGUUGCACACUUGCCAUGGAAGGCUUUCACAUACAAAGCAUUCAACACCUUUAUUGAUGAUAUAUUUGCUUUUAUCAUCACUAUGCCAACAUCUCACAGGCUGGCGUGCUUUAGAGAUGAUGUGGUGUUCCUGGUCUAUCUUUACCAAAGAUGGCUUUAUCCUGUGGAUAAGAGCAGAGUGAAUGAGUAUGGAGAAUCUUACGAAGAAAAGCCAAAAAAAAAAGCUCACAGAGAAUAACUAAGCAUUGAAGAAGAUUCUGACCCCUGGACUCUUACUGGCUUCAUGUAUUAUCUGGUCUUAAGGAAGGAAAAACAUAUUUAAUAAGAGUAUUUUUUAAAGCUUAUGACAGAACUACAUGGACAAUACAUCUUCUAUAUUGCCAAAAUCUAGUUUUGAUAUCCUCCUAUUUCAAGAUCCUCUUUUGUCCUCACAAGGUUCACAGUCUGCCAGAUGUUAUUAAAUAAACUUCCUGCAUUUAAACUUC